CUUCCGGGUUGUCAGUCGGUUCACUGCUCAGAUCGGCCCCGACCCGGGACCCGGGACCCGAGCGGGAAUGGGGACAGUGAGGGGAGGGUUUGACUGCUCUAAAUGAGGAGUGGUGAGCGGCGAUGGAGGGAAGAACCCCGUUUCGGAUCUAUGACCCUGGUGGGGUGGAAGCCAUGACCUGGAACAGUCUGCAGCAGAACAACGCGUCCUACCAGCAGCUGCUGGCGGAGAACAGUGUCCUGAAGGAGAGGAUGAAGGGUCUCCAAAGUCUAGGAAACCUGUUGGAGGAGUCCCAGACGGAGGCCUUGAGGCUGAGGCAGAAGGUGGAGGAGUUGGUGCGCGACAGCGAGGACUUGAGAUCCAGCCCCGGCCUCUUGCUGGCCGAGACCUCGAGCCCCCAGACACCCACCGGCCCCCAGACACCCACCGGCCCCCCAGCCUCCACCGGGCCCCUGGCUUCCACUGUGCCCCCAGAUAAUCAAGACCUGUGCCAGGUCCCAGCACAGGCAGAUCCGCAGACUGGCGGGAUCCACACGCCGGGAAAAGCCGAACAGAAGCCGCCGGGCAGCGAAACGUCCUCGGAAUUUGAAAUCGUCAACAUGGAAGAGAAGAUGGAGAGAAGUGAAGGAGAGAGAGAGCUGGCUGGUGAGGAUGGCGAUGUGUCUGGAUACCUGAACAGACUGGGCAGUUCUCUCAGUGUAUUUGCUGAGGAGACGAACCGUAAGCAGCUCCUGGCUCACCUCAGCCGCAUGGCCGUGGACUUCUCCCGACUGACAGCCAAGGUCCAACGCAACGAGUCCAAGACCUCCGUUCUGCAGACGCUGUGUGAGCAGCUCCGCAGCGAGAACGAGGAUCUGCGCAGGAAACUGGAUAAUGACAUCCAGCACCAGAGCCGUGUGGUGGAGAGGAUCCAGCAGGAGAACGAGCAGCUGAGGCGAGCGAGUGGGGAGAGGGCACUGACAGGCCAGCGAAGGCUUACGGCCCCCACAGUGGGAGCAGAGGGCCAGCAGAGCCCCGAGGUCCCGGAGCAGGCGGGGGGGAGGAAAGAGCUGGAGAUCCUGGAGAAGAAAGCCCAAGCCCUGGAACAGCAGAGGAGGGAGCUGUUGGAGGUGAACAAGCAGUGGGACCAGCAGUUUCGCACUAUGAAGCAACAGUACGAGCAGAAGAUAGUGGAGCUACGCCAACGGUUAUCAGUCUCACAGCGAUCGCUGAGUGGGCAGGAGGCUGAUCGCGAUGUGCGGCAACGAGACUUUGACAAGCAACUGCUGCUGGCCAAGACCCGGAUCAGCAGCGGAGAGUCCGAGGUUAAGGAGCUGAAACAGAAGAACAAGUGUCUCCAGGAUCAGCUCAUGUCUCUGACCAAACAGCGGGAAUAUCAAGAGAGGGAAAUCCAGCGGCUCAACAAGGCUCUGGAGAACGUGUUGACGGCUCAGACUCCUCUGUUUGUCGCUGGAGAAACAGGUGUCGGUGCCCAGAGACAGGAGCUGCUCACUCAGCUCGAGGUCCUCAAACACCAGGUGAAGAUCUUUCAGGAGGAUUUCCAGAGGGAGAGGAGCGACCGGGAGAGAAUGAAUGAGGAAAAGGAGGUGUUAAAGCUUCAGCUGGAGCAGCUUCAGAGUCAGAACGGUCUCCUCAACACACAGGAUCCAGCAGAGAGACGUUCCUCAGAGCCCUCGGCCCGAGCCCCCACCCCAUUCUGCCCCGGCUACCCCGUGCCCCCCUACCCACCGCUCCCCCAGGUGCACGGGGGCUACGACUGGCAGAUCCACUACCCGCCCACGGCCCUGGGACUCGGGCCCGUGCCCUACCACCUGACGGACCCCCACUGGCACCCGCUCUGCCCCACGGCCCCCAGGAUCCCGGCCAACACACAGCCCGACGGAGCCAAGCUGAACCGGAUAGAUGCUCUGGCCCAUGGCCCUGGGAAGGGCCAGCACUGAGCCCAGUGACUACCUGACAUUGACCUGCUUCUCCUGCUCUCAACCUGGAGGAGGUCCAAACUCCCAAGUACCUUCAGUGUGGGCAGCCUAGUUUCUGGCUCUGUGUCUCUCUGUUUGUAGACCUGGCUCUUGCCGUUUCGAUUCGGGAGGGGCUUCCCGAGUUUCCAGUCGUGCUGGAUUUUUGGCAACAAUCAUGUUCUGCUCUGAAUUUCCAAACUUUGGUGUAAAAGCGAAAUGGCAUCAAAACCCCAGUUUGGAGAAUUUGCCAAAGUUCAGCACAACUUGAAAUUGGGAAACAAUAUGUUCCUGAGGUUGAAAACGGCUGGAAUCUAAUAGUCCCCCCACCCACCCUAACCCCCCUCCCCUACUUCGCAACCCAGCUCCAUCUUUCCUUCCCUUCUGUCCAGCCUCGGAGUGUGAGUAAUUCUUCAUUUGUCCACUUUAAAAAUACAAUCCCCUGAUAUUAAAAUCCUUGUUAAAUCCC